GAGAGAGGCCAACACAGAACGUGGCACAGAGAUUAAACAAGUAGAACAGAGCGGUACAGCGAAGGCCAAGGGAAGUCCAGGGCUCCGUAGGCUGCGGGCAAGUGUUGGUGGACAAAGUCAGGGAGUGGUAUAUCUCCUGGUGGGUGCGACUACAUCAGGAACAGACUAACAUUUUCAUCCCUCGCAGUGGUUCUGUUUGUGGAUGGCCGCUCGCUCGUGGGAACACGGCCAGACGAGUUAUCGAUGACUCACGCUGCAACAGGAUGGCCCACUCUGGAUCACCGGCUGAGGUUCGAACCCACGCCUUGCUUCUCCAUCAUCAGCUCUGGCGCUUCACCAUUCCAAGCACCAAGCAGCAGCAGCAGCAGCAGCAGCAGUAGAGGCGGCGGAGGCUGCAGAAAAGUGGGCAACAACAGCAGCAGUGGGCACGGCUCUGCGACGGCAUCAGCAGGCACGCAAGCAGGGGCGGCGGGUUUAGGACAAGGCUACACGGGCCACGAUGAUGAGAUCGGCGUGAUUUGCGUGGACGUGGUGUGCCCGUACACCAGGGCCCUGGUCAUGGAGGGGCUGAAGAGGCGGCGGGGGGCAUGGCGGGUGACGAAGGACACCGCGGAAGCCACUCUACACUGGGGAGACUACGAGAUGAUCGACUGGGAGCGAGUGGUCUCAGGGGAGCUUCGCGCCAGCUCCUACUGCGUUCGGAAGGGUUUGAGCAGGAAGGCUCAGUUGUCGAGGUACUGCAACAAGUACACGUCCAAGAGGCCUGGGACUCCGUUGGAGGCGGCAAUGCCACGCACGUUGGUGAUCGACACGUGGGAAGCAUUCGACGACGACAUGACGUUCAAUCUUGGAGGAGACAUCGCGGCGUUCGGGUCCGAUCUAGGGGUCAGGCAGUGCGUGAGCCUGGCGACCCGGCUGGACUGGUGCCUGGGAGACGCACAGGAGUGGAUCGAACAGGACGGAAAGGAGGAAGCUGGCGAAGAGGGAGGAGGAGGAGGAGGAGGAGUCACGGCAGGAGAAGAAGACGUCAACCUCACCGGGGCCAAGGAGGCGAGCGCACCCUGUCGAGUUGUCGAAUGGCCGUUUUUGUUCGGAGAUUGGUAG